UAGUUAUAUAGUCCUCAUAGUUAAUUAAUAAUUAGAUUAUGAUAAUCUGUUUUGUAACCAAAGCAACAUUAUAUAAAGUAGGUAAGCUAAAUAUAUUUAAUAAAUUUUUCGAAGUCCAUAAAAUAUGAUGUGUUCUAUUAGCACGUAUUUUAUAUUUAAAUUAAUGAUAAUAUUAUGAGACUUUAUUUUGGUUUAUUCAUAAUGUAUUAUGUCAAUAUCUUAGUUUUUUCUCAAAAUAUAGUACGCAAUGUUUCAAAUAUUUUCAAGCCACACAUGUUAAAUGGACAUUAUAUUGAAUGGCCGAAUAACAGAACGGAAGCCAAUUAUUUACACGACAAACGCUGUAUACCAAAAAAUAUCAUUUUCACCAGGUUCCAAAUUUGUGGAAAUCAAGUGAUUUUGGUUUCACCACGUUACAAGGAAGGUGUGCCAUUUACAUUGAGUCAAUUAAUGCUCUACGAUAAAGAUGAAUGUUACAACUAUGUGCGACCGUUCCCUAGCUUAGAGAAGAAUGCUGCAGACGACAAUAAAUCCAUUGUAAAUGCCAUAGACAUAUACAUGGGUCAAAAUGGUAUAGUUUGGGUAUUGGAUAUAGGAAUUAUAAAUACCUUAGAUGAAACUACAAAGACAGAAUCCGAUGCGAAAAUAUUGGGGAUUGACUAUGGAGAUGGACGUAUAGUACAUAGCAUACCGCUCAGACCGUUAAUAUGUCGUUCGCGCAGUCGACUACAAUACUUAGUUGUCGAAUAUGAUAAUGUAAACAAUGAUAAACCAAUAAUUUAUAUAGGAGACGGAGGUACUCGUUCAAUUAUUGUGUGGAAUGUUCAAGUUAACGAAGGCUACAGAGUAAAAUUGCCAUAUUCUGCGACUACAACAUGUACAGAUUUUUCUACGGAAGAUGUGUUUUACCUAGUCCUGAUUGAAAAUUUUAAUUCCAAUUACCUAUAUUUCACAUAUUUGUCGAGCACGGAUAUGUUUAAGGUACGCACCAAAGAUUUACAAAAACGAAUCAAUCCAAAAUGUAUAAUUGACGUUGGACGGAAACCUUGCAAAAUGGUAGUUUUAGGAGCUGCAUAUGGGUCAGUAAUGUAUUUUCGAAUAAAAGGAAUGAACCAUUUAUAUAGUUGGGACACAAAAGAAAGUUUUUUAGAAGAAAACAUGAAAAUGGUUAAGAAAAGUGUAGACUGUCGUACAAUAACACAUAUAGACGUUGACAAUGACGGUGUUCUGUGGAAGUUAGAGAGUAACCAUGAAGAUUACAUAGCUAACACGGUAGGGUGUUAUGGAGCUAGCAUAAUGCUCUCACCUAUAGUCGGGAAAUCCGUACCUCCGCAGCUGGAUCAAAAUUAAUCGGCCGAGUAAUAUUGCACAACUAUAAAAAUGCGGCACUUAAAAUAACUAUAACUAUAAAAUGAUUUACCUGCCCAAUGCAUUUGCUAAUUUACCACCAGCUACACCACCGAUAAUGCCACCAAUCAAGAAUACGGAAACUAGUAUAGACCAAAGGCCAUCAAGUUGAGCAGGUGAAAAUUGUACAUCAUAACGAUGCAUGAUCGUUUCAUUACACCAUUGUUUCAAUAUCUAUAAGUUACAUUUUUUUUUUGUCAUAGUCUGAUAAUUUUCGUAAUAUUUCAUUUAAUAUUAAACAUAAGAAUUUAAAUAAAAACUUUAAAAAUUCAGCUGAAGUUAAAUUAAACUUGGACACUUACUUCUGCAGGGGCAUUUACUACUC